AUGGAGCCUCUUUUUGGGGUUGUGCUGGGUUUGAUUCUGGCAGUCGCUUCACCAGCCCACGACAGCUGUACCUGUGCGACCAACAAGUGGGCAGUGUGUGCCCAGGACAGCCAUGGGAACUGCACCUGCAGGCUGGCAGGGUCAGAUCACCCUGUAGACUGCUCAACCCUGACUUCUAAAUGCUUCCUGAUGAAGGCAGAAAUGAUCCCCCCAAAGGAGAAGCGCCUCUGGAGACCUCCCCAUGGGGUGUCAGACAGCGAUGGCAUUUACAACCCCGACUGCGAGGACAGUGGUGUCUUUAAAGCCAGGCAGUGCAAUCAGUCCAGCACCUGCUGGUGUGUGAACACUGCGGGCGUGCGGAGAACCGAGAAGGGAGGCAGGAGCCUGAGCUGCAGCGAGCUGGUGCGGACAAGGUGGAUCUACAUUGAGCUGACACACAAGAGAAGCUCCAAAGCCUUUGGUGCUCCUGACGUGGAAAAGGCCCUGACACAGCUGCUGGAGAACAGGUACAAGCUGCACCCCAAGUACAUCGCAGCCAUCAAGUACGACCCCCCGCUCAUCCAAAUCCGCCUGGACCAGAACAAGAAACCCAGCUGGGAUGUAGAUAUAGCUGAUGUGGCUUAUUACUUUGAAAAAGAUGUGAACAAUGACUCCGUGUUUCAUUCCAACACUAAAUUAACUGUCUCGGUCAAUGGAGAUGAUCUGGCUAUUGAAAAGCUGUGGAUUUACUAUGUGGAUGAAAAGCCCCCAGAGUUCUGCAUGAGGCAGCUGGCAGCUGGCAUUAGUGCUGUGGUCACCGUGGUGCUCCUCACCGCUGGCAUUGGCAUCACCGUGCUGCUCAUCCUCAGGUGGCUGCGCACAAGGACAUAUAAAAAAUUUGAGUGUAAAGAAAUGAGGGAAAUUAAACCCCCAAGCUUAGAAAUGCCCUGAGCUGAUGGAAGAAAGGCAACUACAGGAAGAAAAGGGGGAAAAAAGGCACAAAAUACA